AUGCGGGCUCGUCGUGACCGGAGUCUGCGGCAGGUCUUCCAAGGACAGCGACUGCAGUCCAUAUGUCAAAUUUGUCAAAUUUGCCGCCGCCUGCCUCCUCCCGUACUCGCGCCCUCUCUCCUCUUCACAGUCGCGGCUCCCCACCCUCUUCCUCCCUUCCCCGCGCCGCCAUCUCCACCUCCUCCCCUGCGGCCGCCACCUCUGGCUCCUCCCCUCUCGCCGCUCGUCUUCCUCCUCCCGUAUCCCAUCCCCGUCGCGCCCCCCUCCUCCCCACGAAAUCGCAAGCGGCCCUGCCUUGUGCUAGCCACUCGUGGUCAUGAAGGGCGGCGGAGCCAGGAGCGGUGGAUUGAUGCGGAUGCGACUGCGGCUCACCCUGUAGAGAGGAUCGAGGACGGCAUUGGGUGGUUGCUCUGGAUCCCAUCAUCAGAAGGGAAGGGAAAAGAAGAGGGUGAGCGAGCAAGUCAGGCGGCGGCCAUGGUGCUCGCAGAUCCGCCGGCGCCGUCGUCCGACCUCGGCCUCCGAGUGCUUCUGCUCUGCGGGCGUGACGGUACGGGCUGCCUGCUCCGCGCCCAUGCCAUGGCUUGCUUGGGACACCGUCCUCCCACCUGCUCCAACCCUAAUCCUAGCGUUUCUGCUGCUGGUCAAGGUGCUGCACACUUGCUUGAAAAGUUGAUAACGGAUCUCCACGCUGAUGGGUGAGCUUCUUCUCCUCUAAUCUUGUGUGGUGCAGUCUACCUUGAGGAGAGGGAUUAGACAUUUUUGUUUUCUUCUUGUGGAGGAGAUUUUCAGAUUGAGCUAGGUUCCAAAGAAGAGAUUUUUCUUUGUCUUUCUUGUUUUGUUUGUACCUUGGUGCCAAGGAGAGCCUUGGAUCUAGCUAAUUAUUUACAGAGUACAUAUUUGUUGCUUUGCUUGGUUUGUUGGCCAUAUUCUAACCUAUGUCCGUGUAUGCAUAGAGGUGCUAGGUAAGAUAUAUAUGUAUGUACUAUUGUUCUGAAGCAAAUAUCACCUUUAGUUUUUACACUG